UUAACUGUUGCUUGCUAGGCUUGGUUCUUCGGGGGUUUAAAGGGGGAUCCUCGAGUAGCGUCUUUCUUCUCAGUAGCGCUACUUGGGAGUAGCUUCUUUUAAUGCAGGCAUGAGAGGUCUUAAUUUGUUAUCGAUGGCUGGCAAGCAGGUUCCUUCAAGGCUGCUAAAUGCAGUGGCGGAAAACUUGAAAAAAAUGUCAUCCACUGCGAACCAUGCGGGCCUGCAAGACAAGCGGAGCAAAAUCAUGGCCAGAGGACUUCCAAAGCAAAAGCCCAUUGAAGGCGUUAAGGACGUCCUGGUUAUAGCCUCUGGGAAAGGCGGCGUUGGGAAAUCAACCACUGCUGUGAAUGUAGCCCUUGCACUGGCAGCAAAUGAUUCAACAAAAGUAGUUGGCUUGCUUGAUGCUGAUGUAUAUGGGCCCUCAAUACCAAAAAUGAUGAAUUUGAAAGGAAGUCCAGAAGUGACACCAAAGAACUUAAUGCGACCACUUGUGAAUUAUGGGAUUACUUGUAUGUCAAUGGGUUUCUUAGUAGAAGAGACGGCACCAAUUGUCUGGCGAGGCCUCAUGGUAAUGUCAGCCAUAGAGAAAUUAUUGAGACAGGUUGACUGGCAGCAACUGGAUUAUCUGGUAAUUGACAUGCCACCUGGGACAGGAGAUGUGCAGCUAUCAAUUUCACAGAAUAUCCCAAUUGCAGGAGCCGUGAUUGUAUCCACUCCUCAAGAUAUAGCUUUAUUGGAUGCACAUAAAGGGGCUGAGAUGUUCAGAAAAGUGAAUGUACCAGUUUUAGGGCUUGUUCAAAACAUGAGUGUUUUCCAGUGCCCAAAAUGCAAACAUGAAACUCAUAUAUUUGGAGCUGAUGGAGUGCGGAACCUAGCCAGCAAUCUCGGUCUGGAUGUUUUAGGUGACAUUCCAUUGCACAUUCAGAUAAGGGAGACAUCAGAUGCUGGUAAACCAGUUGUAGUUGCAGAGCCUGAGAGUGAUGUGGCUCAAGCCUAUUUGAAGAUUGCUGCUGAAAUAGUGAAGAGACUACCACUUUCUCCAACUGAAAGACAACAUUGUGAAGAUCUGUGACUGGAAGUUUACCUGCUGUAGUAUGGCACAGAUAUAGCAUAAAAAAUGAUGUUAAAUUAUGGAAUUGAACCUGCCUUGUAUUUUAUGAAUAAAGCAGAAAUCAUAUGUCAUGGAAAGCAUUACAGUUAAAUAAUUUAUUGUUAGUGCCUAGCUACAUCCAGUAUAGUAAACUCAUUACUAUCUUGCUGUACAUUUAUUGAAAUUUUCAAAGGACCUCUGUGUCUUCUAACAGUAAGAAGAACUAAAUCUGUGGAAUGAGAGCUUCAGUGCAUCCUUCAGUAAUCCUUUUAUUAAAUGAAAAUGGCUGUCUGCAGGGAGAAUUGCCACACGUUUUUAUCAUUUUAUCUAGAUUUGUUAUUACAUGCCAUCAAGUAAUUUGCCACCCAUGACAAUCCUAUGAAUGAGUACACCCACAAUGUCUUGUCCUAGUCAGCCUGCUCAGCUCUGGCAAACUCAAGCCUGUGGCUUUCUUUAUGGAAACAACCCAUCUCAUAUUUGAUCUUCCAUCCAUCUUCCACAUUUAUUGUUCCCUAGUCUUACUGUUUACUCCAGUGAGUCAUGCCUUAUGUGCCCAAAGAAGGACAGGCUCAGUUUUGUCAUUUUUACUUCCAGUGCAAAUAUAUUAUGUAAUGGGGGUAUACUGCCAAUGGGGGUAUAUAGAAAUGUACCACUCCAUUGGCAGAAUGAAGGAGGCCAUUCCCUAUAUCACCACAGAAUCUGCUCCAAGCAGUUGUGGAACUUCAAAGUGUAGCGGGGAGAUACUAGGUGGUAAAUGGUAUCAGUGAAGAGCUCUCUUUACAACACUUUCUGCCAGAGGCAGGAUUCUGAGGAGAAUGGUCUUGGCAGAAGAGAAGCUAGAUCGAAUGUGUUAACAGGUUCUGGCUACAUUACACACACUUUAGUCCCACUGAAAUUGAAUAAUUUACUGUUGAUUUCAAGUGGGAUAAAAUUACUGGAUCCAGACCAUUAGACCUUUAAGAUAAUUUAUUUCCACUGUGAAAAAUUAUUGUCAAAUGGCCAAACAAUAAAAUGCUAAGAACUGGCUUUGUAUUCUUUAUGCAUUCCUCUCUUUAUCAGCUGAUCCUUCAUCAUUAGAUAAUUCCUUAUUGUAAUUGUCUAAGCAAGUUGCUUUAUUUCCUUUUAUCCUAUUGAGCCUGAACAAACCCAAAAUUCAGCAACAAUGUGUUCAUUAAAAUUAUAUUUAGCUUAAAGCAAGUUGCUAAGGGAGGAAAUAAGUGAUAAAAAUAAUUACUGAUGAUUGCAUAUAUGAAUAUAUUCCUACUAGAAAGCAAUAGCCCUGGAUCAAUUAAAAAAGUUCCAGUCACCAUUUUUUAUCUACUACAAAGUGGAAGUGUCUUUCUCAUUUUUUACUGAGUUAAGUUUUGCAUCUUUGUGUGUGUGUUGACAGAGUUGUCACAGAGGGUGAAUAAGGAUAUAUAGCAAUGCAUCCGGGCCUUGAGCUUACAUAAAUGUACAUGUGUGGUGGUCUUCAUAGGAUUUUACAUCUUUCUAGUUCCUAGCACUUUCCCCCCCAAAAUUGUAAGAACUAAUGGCAUGGUGCAUGGACCUGUUUGCAUGAUUAGUUCAGCUGCACUGGUUUAUUAGCCUCAGUAGGUCGCAGUGCCUGCAAAUGCCAGGUUGCCAAUCCAAGCAUUAUUGCUGUGACUGCUCAUUAAAUGCAAACCCAGCAAGGGUAGGUUGCUCCAGUAAUUGACAAACCACCUUUAACUCAUUAUUAUUUUAGGAUUACAGGUGGCUUGUCAACCAUCCCAACAACCUAUUCUUACUGGGCUUGCACAGAACAAGAAGCUGCGGUACUUUCCACUACAUGUCAAAUAUUCAAAAUAAUGCCCACAGCUACAAUGAGAGACCUCCACAGGAAAAUUAAAUCAUACUGGCUUCUUGAUAGUGUGCAAACUGGGCCAUGGACUUUGGUAUAAAAGAUAAAUAAGAUGGCAUUUUCCUGCACAAGUUUCUCUGGCACAGUUCUUAUGAUCAGAGUUUAGGUUGAAUAUUUGCCCCUUUGACUAAUUCAUUCCUUCACUUGACAUACUUUUGUUCAUUGCUAUAUGUCUUUAUAUGCACCUGUAUCAGUGAACUGUAAGCUACUGAGGCUUCUUAGAGUAAAUAAUGAAAACCAUA